AUGCACAGCAGCGAGCGAGGGGAUUUCUCUGCCCCUGUGCAGGAGUCCAGACUCUGGGUCUGGGCUGAACAGGGCAAAGUUCCCGUGUUUGGACAGGCUCAGGGGCUGCCCCCGGGGAGCGCGGGGCUGGGCGUGGGGGCGAGCGGCCUCUCCUGCUCUCCCGUUCCCGCUGUCCCCUCCUCUCCCGGUCUCUCUCUCCCCAUACCCGGCCAGGCCAUGUCCCCGGCCCGCCCCCGGCCCCGGGCAGGGCUGUCCCGUCCCCGGCCCCGGCCGUCCCGCCGCCGUCUCGCCCCCGCCCGGCUCUGGCCGUGCUGGCGCUGGCGCUGCUGGGCGGGCAUCAGUGCCUGGGGCUGGGGCGGCAUCGCCUCCCUUUGGCUCCACCUGGCCCGAGCCCGGCCCCGGCCCCGGCCCCGGCCCCGGCCCCGGCCCCGGCCCCGGCUCCUCCCGGGCCCCGCGGAGGACACAGGCGGCGCAGCCGCUGCCGCUGCCUCCGCUGCGGCUUCCUCGGCCCGAGCUCCGCUGCUCGGCAGCGCGGCCGCCGGCCCCGAGCCGCCGCUGUCCCGUUGCCCGGAGCGAACGCCUGGGGAUGGCCGGCCCGGGGCGCUUGAGGGCCACUCGGUGGCCAUCAAAAGGGUGCCACAGAACCGCGUCCUGCACUGGGGCGAGCUGCCCGACGGCACCAGCGCACCCCUGGAGGUCGUGCUGCUGGCCAAGGUGUCCACUGGCUUCCCCGGUGUCGUCCAGCUGCUGGAGUGGCUUGAGCUCCCCAACGACAUCGUGAUGGUGCUGGAGCGCCCAAAGCGGUCUCAGGACCUGCACCAUUUCAUUCGGGCACAGGGGUUCCUGUCCGAGGAGGUGGCGCGGGAGCUGUUCCGCCAGGUGCUGGAGGCCGUGCGGCACUGCACCAGCUGCGGGGUCCUCCACAGGGACAUCAAACCAGGGAACAUCCUGGUUGACCUGGCCACCGGGGAGGCUAAAUUGAUCGACUUUGGCUGUGGCACCUACCUGCAAGACACAGCCUACACUCACUUUACAGGAACACGGUCAUACAGCCCCCCGGAAUGGAUGCAUUUUGGCUGGUACUACGGCAAGCCAGCUACUGUCUGGUCCCUGGGCACCGUGCUGCACCAGAUGGUCUGCGGGGAGCACCCUUUCAGGGGUCAGAACAUCAGCUGGGACCAUCAGCUCUCGCUGCCACAACGGCUCUCUCCAGAGUGCCAAGGUCUGAUUAGGAGGUGUUUAUCCAUGCUGGAUAUGGAAAGGCCUUCGUUAGAAGAGCUGUUGUGUGAUCCCUGGAUGCAGGACAUUCAUCUGCCCUAGAAGAAGGGAAAGAGCCACAGGCACACUCUGAUGCAGGGCCCUGCUGGGGCCCUGGGCAGAACCCUGUCAACCUGGUCUCAGCCCCAGGGAAGGAGAAGGAGCCCCUGGAGAAGCUGUAGCAGGUGGGGCUGCUGCUGCUGGAGACAGCGAGGACGACAUCAAGGAUGACAACCUCUUGCUCCACCUGGUCAUCGGCAGGCUGAAGAUGACAUCACUUUGAUUCUGGCACCUUCUCCAAAGCCAGGCUCCACAGGGAAUUUGCAAAUGAGUCCACACGCAGGGCAUGCUCCCAGAUUUGGGCAUUGCACAGACUGGCCAGGAACCAAAAGUUCCCCCUUUGCUGGGGCAGAUGCAGCUGAUCCUUCAGUCGGCUGCCCAGCUGCUUUUGGCAGGGCUCGGGGCAUGGGCUGGGGUGGGUACGAAAUGGGAGUGGGCUCCUGGCCCUGCCAACAGCCCCCACCACCCACCGUGCCCCGGGCUGGGGCUGGGGCUGGGGCAGCCAGCCCGACACAAACCAACCCCCAUGGUGGGAGCAGAGGUGGGACUCCAGAACCUGUGCAGGGGCUGCUUUGCUUUGCAGCCAAGGAAGGGCUUGGGCUGCUCCCCUGCCCUUGUUUGCUUUGGGAUCACUCUUAUUUUGGGGGGCAGUGCAGGGGGAAGGGAGAAAGCCUGGGCUUCCUUCACCCGUGGGUGGGGUUUUCCCUGGCAUGCAGGGGUUGGGCCUUCCUCAAGCCCCAGACAGAGAUAUGAUAUUUGACCUUUUUUCUUGUUUCCCCUUUUUGUCUGUAAUCUACUUUCAAUCAUUUGUUGUGUGUUUUUCUAGAGGAAGCGUUCUAGGUGGGGUCCAGUCUGGAUGGGGAAGUGCUUGGGAGCAGCUGCGGCGUGGAUGGGCCGUGCCCUUGGAGAAGGCUGAGGACAUCGUUUGGGACCAGCUUUUCUUCCAGCGGUGGAUGGCGUCAGCCGGGCUCUGCGGGUGCUGAGGCUGCUCUGGGCUCUGCCAGGGCUCUGCUGGAGCUCAGCACCGGGCCCCAAUCAGCCAAAGAAGAAAUGGUGUGACCUGCAGCACAGACUUGCUUGAGCAUUUCAGCAACACAGCUCAAGUUUGCAGAGUGUACACCUCCAAGGGAAAACAUGCCACCACCCAAAAAUUAAACUUGUUCAAUAGCUUCUGAAAUGAAA